UCCAUUUGUGGUUGAAAUUGCAAAUUAAAUUAAUCUCGUUGCUCAUUAUACGAAGCAAAAUGUCAUUGUUACACAGUCUCUGUUUUCUUUUUACAAUUCUAACAAUUGUUGUCCUAAUUCAAGGGCAAGAAGAUUAUUGUAGCAUUUGUCCAGAUCAUACAAUGUGCCGUUUCAGAAACACAAGACCAGUUUGUAAUGCAAGAGUAUCUACUCUUACAACUCCACAAAUAUUGGACAUUUUGAGAGUACAUAAUGAAUAUAGACAAAGAGUCGCUUCAGGCAAUGAAGGAAGAGGAAGACCUGGACCACAACCACCAGCCAGAAAUAUGCCAAAUUUGUUUUGGGAUUGGGAAUUAGCAAUAAUUGCGCAAAGAUGGGCUUUUCAAUGCAGAUUUGCUCAUGACUCUUGCCGAAACACUCGACGUUUCCAAGUUGGUCAAAAUGUAGCUACAGCAUGGACAACAGGCUCCGAUCCUUCAUCGAUAAGCGACUUAAUAAAAAUGUGGUAUGAUGAGGUGGAACUAUUCGACCGUAACCAAGUUGAACAAUAUGUCUUCAAUACUGAUACUGGGCAUUACACACAAAUGGUAUGGGCAACAACUAGGAGAAUUGGCUGUGGAUAUAUUAAUCACAUGAGUGGAAAUCGAAACACUGUUUUAUUAGUUUGCAAUUAUGGACCAGCGGGUAAUAUUCGAGGAGAAAAAAUAUACGAAAUUGCUAAUUAGAAGAAUUUUAUUUCAAUGAAAUACCUUCUUUUGUAAAAAAACAAAAUGUUGUACGGUUAACAAUUAUUGAUCGUUAAUUGAUGGUUAAAAUUUUAUUGAAUUUCUAUUUAAAAAAUAAAAUCUUCGUUAAUAACACAAAAGAAAUUUGUCUUCUCUUUUAACAAGACCUACAUAUAGCUUGCUGC